AUGGAACUGUGGAAAUUAAAGUGCUCUUCUCUGCUAAUCAUUUAUACUGUGGUUCAAACUGUUUUCGCGACAAGUAAACCUUUUCAACGCAGUAGCUCGAGAAGACUUCGAUAUGUAAUUUUCAAAGAGGAGUUAUUCCAUGCUCUAAGCGCUGAAACGAUUGAGGUGGAUUAUGUUGAAACUGGAAAACUUUGUUUGUUGAAAUGUGUGAAAAAUCUACAAUGCUUUUCAACAAACAUUGGCGUCCACCCCCGAACUGACGAACGAGUUCGGUGCGAGCUGCUGUCUUCGGACAAGUACAGGGCAUUGAAAAGCUUUCGUGCGAAUACAAGUUUUCAUCAUUACAGAGUCUCGGUGAGUUAGUAUUUCAAACUCUGUCUCUAUUUUUUCUUUUAGUUUUGUUUUAUUUUCUUCAUUUUUUUUUCUGUUGUUCUCUAUUUUGAUAUUUCACAUUUCAUAGGCUUAUUUAGUCCCUGUUUUGUAGUUGACGCGUCGUUCCUUGCUGGAAAUUGUUACAGUUAAAGCAGUUCUUAACAUGACUGGUACAUCCGUGUAAUCAAAUUUUUAAUUGCACUUCAUACUGCCAUUGCUCACGCUGACGACUCAAGAGGUUUAAGUUGCUCUAACGCAUCUUUCGUUCUCUACAGAUUUCUAGCGUGCCUCAUUUUUCAAUGGACACAUGAUAACGCAUGAGCCAUAUAUCAAGUGAUUUUAAAAAAACAUGCGAAACAGACUUACACUGAUCAAAUGUUUUGUUACAGAGCCCAUGUGAAAGCUAUCCAUGUCAGAACGGGGGUACGUGUCUACCACGUUAUGAAACAAGUGACUACAAUUGUAAAUGCCGCCAAAACUACACUGGUGUUAACUGCCAGAACCGUAAGUUUUUUCUGGAAUUGUUUUUCGCUGAGCCCAGUACUAAAAAACAGGAUGCGAAUAGGUCCAGUUGUUUUAAUCAGGCGUCUGUAGGUGUUGAUCUUAGGGAUUACUUUGAAAACUGCCUAGACAGAGAUGAGUGAAAAGUGUAGAAAUAAAAAUAUAUACCGUAAUAGAGAAAGAUCAAUGGUUUACAGUUACUUGAAGGUCGCUCUGAACCAUGUAAAUAAACGUACUGCAUAGUUCACCGCAAAAUGUAAAUGUGUCUACAUUUUCCAUAGCCAUUUAAUCCCAGUUACCACUGUUGUUUGAAAACGUUAACGUUGACCUUUCUUUACCUAUGUUAAUGACGUGUUUUUCAAAUUCUGCAAAAAGUGUUUUUUCCUAGUUAAUUUUUUCAACAUUUAAGUCUCUCUUACUGGUAAUGAUCAUGUCAACGAAUUGUUUCACAUUUAAUAAUGUAGAAGAAAUAUGAAAAGCGAUAUGCUGAUUGCAAUCCAGUGAUCAAAAAGAGGGGUCACCAAAGUCAUUUUCGAGUUUACAGGCCCACAAUUGAUCAACCAUUUUUAUGGGAAAACACGAUCGAUUGUGGUAGUAUAUAUCUGGCAAAGAAUAAGUGUUAGAAAAAACCAUGUUGUAUCACCUUUCGACUAAAUUUUAUUUUUCAAGGACAAGGUUGGAUCUCUGGCAUUGGUGAAGUUAGGAAGUAUUACAAGUACUUCAUUAGAGACUCAAGCUGGUUUAAAGCUAAAUCGUACUGCCAGUCAUUGGAUGGAGCUUUAGUAACCUUCCAAAACAAGAAAGAACUCAAGUUUGUUACAAGCGAAGUCCUUCCUCCAACAUAUAACAGCGUGUGGAUUGGACUGAGUGACCCAGGAAAGUCUCGGGGAUGGAAGUGGGAAGACGGCUCCACAUUAUCUUUUAGUCACUGGGCUAACGGUGAACCAAACAACCAGGGAGAAGAAAACUGCGUGGAGAUGAUAGAGGUGUACCACACAUGGAAUGAUUUUACUUGCGAACAUAGUAGGCCU